UUCUGACUCAGUACCAGCAGCAGAACAUUGACCGAGAGGGUCAGCACACAGAGAUCUUCCACAAAUGGGACACUUGUAACAAUCAGCACCUCUUCUACUUCCAGCCAACCGGUGUUAACAUCCUAAACUUCACGGUUUUGUUUUUCCAUCUUUGAGCGGUUUUCCUUCUAAGGUCGGAGAAAAUGGCAGCAAUUCCAUCAAGUGGCUCCCUCAUUGCCACCCAUGAUUACUAUAGAAGGCGUCUUGGGUCCGCCUCCAGCAACAGCUCCUGCGGCAGUGCAGAGUACACAGGAGAGAUCAUUCCACACCACCCAGGACUUCCCAGACAAGAUUCUGGAAACUGGUGGAGUUCUUUUUUCUUUGCAAAACCGGGCCAGCCCGGCAUGCAGAAUGGAUCUGAAAAUCAAAAGAACAGCACCUACACAGUGGCCAACGGUCAGGUGACCUGCUUCGCCAGGGAAAUGGUUUUAAAGAGACAACUUAGUGAGAACAGUGAAAGUGGGAAGUCGGAAUCAACAACACCUCCACCAUCGUCCUCGUAGACUCCACUGCCGUCACCCUGCUGCCCCUUUACCCCCCCCAAACCCUCCCUCAUCCUCAGCUUGCUGUCCAUCUCAUAGUCCUACACUGGAGAUGAAGAUGGUGAAGAUGAUGGUGUCUAUACCUUCAGUAAAUAUUUUUGCUUUUCAUAUUCACCUGUUUAUAGUAUGUUUUUAUUAUGACCAAAAGUUCAACAACAAAAAAGAAUGUAAAAAAUAUUUUUUUAUUUAACUCUUGUGACUUGGCAAUGUUGUCAAAAAAAUA